UUUGCAAUGGAAGGGAAGUUUUUCUUUGGCCACUACUUAAUAUGGGUGAUGUUAUUGCUGUGGCAGAUACACGGAUAUAAAAGCUGCAUUCUGAAAGAAAGGAAGGCUUUGUUGGAGCUCAAGGGUUACCUGAUCUCAAAGAGUUCAGAAUCCCUGGUGGGAUCGGUCCUCAAAGCACCGCCUGAAGAACCGGACCUCGAAUACGGGGAGGCAAUAUCUGUUCUCUCUAAUUAUGAAACUUGGACUAAUGACACAAAGAGCGAUUGCUGCCGGUGGAAUGGUAUUAAGUGCAAUCGUACCAGCGGGCGUGUCAAUGGUCUUUCUGUUGGUUCUGUGUACUUUAGAGAGCCUAAUUCUCUCCUUAAUCUUUCCUUUCUGCAUCCCUUUGAUGAGGUUCAAAGUCUGAACUUAUCCGGGGAAAGAUACGUCCAGUCAUAUAGUGGCUUCUUUGAUGAUGUUGAAGGUUACAAAAGUUUAAGGAGAUUAAGAAACCUGGAGGUUCUGGAUGUCUCAUGGAAUGAUCUCAGUAACAGUAUCUUUCCUUUUCUAAAUGCCGCAACAUCACUUACAACUUUGUUUCUCCGGGGUAACUUCAGAGAUGGUCCUUUUCCUAUUAAAGAAUUUAGUCACCUGACAAAGCUGAAAGCUCUGGAUCUAAGUUUAAAUAAAUUUUCUGGCUCAAUGGAAUUACAAGAACUAAAAAACUUGAAAAACUUUGAACUUCUGAAUCUAUGUGGAAAUAGACUUCACGGAUUCAUUUCAGAACUAACGAAUUUGCCGAAACUGGAACUGCUGAAUCUUGCUCGGAAUAAUUUCAGCGGACCUAUAACAGCUGUUUGUGACAUGAAGAAUCUGCGGGAGCUCGAUCUCAGUGAAAAUCAUUUUGUUGGCCAACUUCCUCUUUGUCUAGGUAGCUUGAAAAAGCUACGGGUUCUCGACCUAUCAUCCAACCAGUUUAGCGGAAAUAUACCAUCAAGUUUCAGUAGCUUGGAGUCCCUAGAGUAUCUAUCAUUGUUAAACAACAACUUUUCAAGCCUAUUCUCGCUCAAUCCACUCACCAACCUCACAAACCUCAAGGUGUUCAAAGUUUCAUCAACAUCUGAUAAGGUACAAGUAGAGUCAGAGGGUAACUCGGAGCCAAAGUUUCAACUGAGAGUUGCUGUACUACGAUCUUGCAGCUUGGAGAAAAUCCCUUCAUUUCUCGUCUACCAAAAGAACUUGCGUCUAGUUGAUCUAUCCAGCAAUAGAUUAUCCGGAAACCCUCCUACGUGGCUGUUGCUGAAUAAUACACAACUUGAAGUCUUACUGUUGCAGAAGAAUUCAUUCACAAUCUUUCAAAUGCCCACAAUGGUGCAUAGUUUGCAGGUUUUUGAUUUUUCUUCCAAUAAUAUUGGUGGGAUAUUACCUGAUAGUAUUGGUCUUGCACUUCCGAAUCUGGUACAUCUAAAUGCCUCAAGUAACUGGUUCCAAGGGAAUUUUCCAUCGUCUAUGGGCGAGAUGAAGAACAUUUCAUUCCUCGACCUAUCCUAUAAUAACUUAUCUGGGAAGCUACCAAGAAGGUUUCUCAGGGGUUGUUUUCAACUAAAGUACCUGAAGCUCUCUCACAACAAAUUCAGCGGCCAUUUUCUUCCAAGAAGAACAAGCUUCACUUUACUAGAAGUGUUGAGAAUAGAUAACAACUUAUUUACUGGGAAGAUUGGAGUUGGUUUGCUUGGCUUUACUUAUUUGUCAAUGCUUGACAUGUCCCACAAUUGUUUCACUGGUACUAUUCCAAGUUGGAUAUCUGAGUUUUCUAAUUUGGAUUUCUUAUUGUUAGCAAACAAUUUCUUAGAAGGUACCAUACCACCUUCCUUGUUGCUCGUUGAGUUUCUGGACCUCUCUGGAAACCUAUUGUCGGGAGCCUUACCGUCGUCACAGGUACAAGGUAGAAUAUUCUUCCUCAACAACAACAACUUGACAGGGUCAAUUCCAGACACAUUGUUGGAAGGUGUCCAGAUACUUGAUCUUCGGAACAAUAAACUCUCUGGGAGUAUUCCCCAGUUUGUCAACACACAAGACAUAAAGUUUCUUUUGUUGAGGGGGAACAAUUUAACAGGAUCCAUUCCAAGGCAGCUGUGUGAUCUCAGCAACAUCAGGCUUUUAGAUCUUUCAGAUAACAAGCUCAAUGGCUUCAUACCUUCAUGCCUCUACAAAUCAUCAGUCUUACGAGGUGGAAAGGAGAGUGAUAUUAUCUAUGGGCAAUAUUAUCGUACACUGACUUUUCAUUCUGAAUAUUACAGAUCGAUAUUUCUAGUAGAGGAGUUCCAAGUAUACUCCUCUGCCUUUCAGGAAAUUGAAAUAAAAUUUGCAACAAAGCAAAGGUACGAUUCCUAUAGUCCUGGAGAAUCUUGGUAUAGUGAUUCUUACACUCCUGGAGAAUCUUUGUAUAGUGAUUCUUAUAGUCCUGAAGAAUCUUGGUUAAGUGAUCCUGGUACUAAUACAUCUCAGUUCAGAAGAGGAAUACUUGAUUAUAUGUAUGGGAUGGAUCUGUCAAACAAUGAGUUAAGUGGUGUUAUCCCAACAGAGCUUGGAGGUCUCUGGAAACUGCGGUCCUUGAAUCUAUCUCACAAUUUCUUGUCGAGUUCUAUACCAUCCAGCUUCUCCAAUCUGAAGGAUAUUGAGAGCCUUGAUCUUUCUUACAACAUGCUGCACGGAAGCAUUCCUCAACAGCUAACCAGCCUUACAUUUCUUGAAGUGUUUGACGUGUCUCACAACAAUAUAUCAGGAAUCAUUCCCCAAGGAAGGCAAUUUAACACUUUCAACGAGAGUAGAUACUUAGGCAAUCCACUUCUCUGUGGACCACCGACCCAUAUAAGUUGUGAGGCUAAGAAGAGCUCAGAGGAAGCAAAUAAAGGAGGAGGAGAGGAAGAAAAUGAAGCUGACAUGAAUAGAGUUGUAUUCUAUUAUGGGACUGCCUCAGUUUAUGUGACCACAUUGGUAUGUAUCGUUGUACUUAUGUGCUUUGAUUGUCCUUGGCGUCGAGCAUGGCUCCGCAUUGUAGACGCUUUCAUCGCUUCAGCAAAAAAUAUGUUGUUUUAAAAUAUUUUCAGCUCAGUUUCUUGGAUAUUUCUAUCCAAACCUAAUCUUGAGUCUACUGUGUUCGUGUAAGUGUAUGUACUUUUAAUUCAUGUCCAAGCAAAAAAAUAAAAUAAAU